UAAUCCAUGGCGGUGGCCUGUCACCAGUAGCUUGUUCCCGGCAGGGAAAACAUUAGCUGUUUAACAUUAACAAUACUGUUAAAGGACACCCCCUUUGUUCUGAUUGUAAACUGUGAAAGAAAUCAUUUAAAGUUAUUGUACCACAGUGGAACAUCAUGUCGGAGGAUAACAAUGCAGACAAAUUCAUCAAGGAAACCUCCAUCUUGGAAGAGUACAACAUUAAUUGGACACAGAAGCUCGGAGCAGGGAUCAGUGGACCUGUUAGAGUUUGUGUGAAGAAGUCGACUCAGGAACGAUUGGCCCUGAAAAUCCUAAUUGAUCGCCCCAAGGCCCGAAAUGAGGUGCGGCUCCACAUGAUGUGUGCUACACACCCCAACAUUGUGCAGAUUAUGGAGGUGUACGCCAAUAGUGUGCAGUUUCCUCACGAAUCCAUUCCAAGAGCGAGGUUACUGAUCGUCAUGGAGAUGAUGGAGGGAGGCGAGCUGUUCCACAGGAUCAGUCAGCACAGACACUUUACAGAGAAGAUGGCUAGCCAGGUCACCAAACAGAUCGGCCAGGCCCUUGAACACUGUCACUCACUGAAUAUUGCACAUCGAGACCUGAAACCAGAGAACCUGCUCUUCAAGGAUAACUCCCUGGAUGCACCGGUGAAGUUGUGCGAUUUUGGAUUUGCAAAGAUUGACCAGGGGGACUUGAUGACCCCACAGUUCACUCCUUACUACGUUGCACCUCAGGUACUUGAGGCUCAAAGGCGACACCAGAAGGAAAAGUCUGGAAUAAUACCUACCUCACCCACCCCUUACACCUAUAACAAGAGCUGUGACCUGUGGUCCAUGGGGGUGAUCAUCUACGUGAUGCUGUGUGGCUACCCUCCCUUCUACUCCAAGCACCACAGCCGCACCAUCCCCAAGGAUAUGCGCAAAAAGAUCAUGACGGCCAGCUUUGACUUCCCCGAGGACGAGUGGAGCCAGAUCUCUGAAAUGGCUAAGGACAUUGUCCGCAAGCUGCUGAAGGUGAAGCCUGAGGAGAGGCUGACCAUUGAGGGUGUACUGGAACACCCCUGGCUCAACUGCACAGAGGCCCUGGACAACGUGCUGCCCUCCGCACAGAUGAUGAUGGACAAGGCAAUGGUAGCAGGGAUCCAGCAGGCCCAUGCUGAACAGCUGGCUAACAUGAGAAUACAGGACCUCAACAUCAGCCUCAAGCCACUCAACUCCGUCAAUAACCCCAUCCUGAGGAAAAGGAAACUCCUAGGCAGCAAGCAGAGGGAUGGCUUCUUCAUCCACGAUCCAGAGAACGGCGGCGAGGACGCCAAUGUGGCCCUGGAGAAACUCAGAGACGUCAUCGCUCAGUGUAUCCUCCCACAGGCUGGGGAGAAUGAGGACGAGAAACUGAAUGAGGUGAUGCAUGAUGCGUGGCGUUUCAACCGAGACUGCAAACUACUGCGAGACGGGCUGCAGGGCCUCAGCUGGGAUGGAAAAUGCCAAUGGCACUAUCUGAUGUGUGGAGACAUUUCACUGCAGCUAAUGUAGAAGGAAAAGAUGUAUACAUUUGCAAAUACUGUGCCAAAUCAUAUGUAAAGAAUGCAACAAGGAUGCAGAAUCAUCUAGCCAAGUGCAUAAAGUUCCCUCAGCGCUCACAACAAGCAACCUCUGACAAAAGUCCCUCUACCUCUAAUCGAGGUGAAAAUGAUGAAUCAGAUACAUUAUAGAUAGCAACAGCUCAUGGUCCUCCUGGAAUCAGAAGUUUUUUUGACUCAAUGGAGGUCAGAGAAAUGCUGAUGAAUGUCUUCCUCGAGCUGUGUAUGCAACUGGUUCACCUCUGAUGCUCACAGGCAAUGUGUAUUGGAAGAGAUUUCUGAAUGUUCUUUGCCCAGCAUAUACCCCUCCAACCAGACAUGCUUUAUCUACUCAAUUGCUGGAUGCAGAGUUCAACAGAGUUCAAGCAAAUCAUAGAGAAAGCAGACUGUAUUGCAAUCAUCUCUGAUGGGUGGUCGAAUGUUCGUGGGCAAGGAAUAAUUAACUACAUAAUCUCUACCCCUCAACCAGUAUUUUACAAGCGCACAGUCACAAGGAACAACAGACACACCGGUCUCUACAUUGUAGAUGAGCUGUAGGCAGUCAUCAAUGACCUUGGAGCAUAGAAGGUCAUUUUUCAACCCUUGUAUUAGUCAGCCUGUUGCGUGCUUUGGUGUGUGUGUCCCCAAACAAGGACCAGUUGCACUCUGAAGCGGCUGAAUUCUGGAGAUAUACAGUGGAGAGGACAAGUAUUUGAUACACUGCCGAUUUUGCAGGUUUUCCUACAUACAAAGCAUGUAGAGGUCUGUAAUUUUUAUCAUAGGUACACUUCAACUGUGAGAGACGGAAUCUGAAACAAAAAUCCAGAAAAUCACAUUGUAUGAUUUUUAAGUAAUUAAUUUGCAUUUUAUUGCAAGACAUAAGUAUUUGAUACAUCAGAAAAGCAAAACUUAAUAUUUGGUACAGAAACCUGUGUUUGCAAGACAGAGAUCAUACGUUUCCUGUAGUUCUUGACUAGGUUUGCACACACUGCAGCAGGGAUUUUGGCCCACUCCUCCAUACAGACCUUCUCCAGAUCCUUCAGGUUUCGGGGCUGUCGCUGGGCAAUAUGGACUUUCAGCUCCCUCCAAAGACUUUCUAUUGGGAUCAGGUCUGGAGACUGGCUAGGCCACUCCAGGACCUUGAGAUGCUUCUUACGGAGCCACUCCUUAGUUGCCCUGGCUGUGUGUUUCUGUUCGUUGUCAUGCUGGAAGACCCAGCCACGACCCAUCUUCAAUGCUCUUACAGAGGGAAGGAGGUUGUUGGCCAAGAUCUCGCGAUACAUGGCCCCAUCCAUCCUCCCCUAAAUACAGUGCAGUCGUCCUGUCCCCUUUGCAGAAAAGCAUCCCGAAAGAAUGAUGUUUCCACCUCCAUGCUUCACGGUUGGGAUGGUGUUCUUGGGGUUCUACUACUCCUUCUUCUUCCUCCAAACACUGCGAGUGGAGUUUAGACCAAAAAGCUUUGACAGUGAUCGUAAUGGUGGCACUUGGCUUGCACGUGCAAAUUCAGAACACAAAACAUUCUAUAAAUGCUUAUUUGACGUGUCAAAUAGUGUUAUUUGAUGUGUAUCUUUUUUUGGCACACAAAGACCCAAACGGCGUUCCAUAGUCCUAAAGUUAAGUAUAUUUCCAAGAAGAAAUCCUAACAUUAUCUUCAAGAAUCCCAUUUCUUGUUAACAUUUUUAUUAGGAAGAAACAUAUGAAAAAUAUUAAGAACAUUUUCAAUAACUUUAUUGAGAAUGGCAACUUUGUUUUUAACUUUCUUCAUAUGUCUAUAGUUAAGGAAAAAAAUGGCAGUUAAGAAGACAUUUCUUAAGGUUUUGUUGAAUCCGGCCCCUACUAGCUAGCUAGCUGUAGCUAAUGUUGGAAAAUAUAGCCCUGAAACUGAUAUAUAUUAUUAUUUCACCUUGGGUACGGUAAUUUGAUCAUUCAGUGUAUUCAGUUGAUUAUGAUUCUUACCUUCUUUACUUAUCAAAUUCAAACUAUCUGCCGGUGUGGGCCCAUGUGGAUCACUCAUCAGCAUCAGCAAAGCAGUGAUCUCAAUCCAAUCUCCAACUUUCAUUCCCGCCUGUCUUUGACUGGCGUCCAAUUACAUUAGGAAAUUAAUUAUAUGUUCUUUGAAAUAAACGCAAAACAGUAUAUGCCCGGGUUGAUUAGUUAGUUGCCAUGGAGCAAAUAUACUUUAUAUGGUUUUGCCAGGGAGCUCUUCUUACAAACUCAUGGGUAAAAGUUGCAUCAGUGUUUGCAUGAGCUAACGAAGUAAUAUAGCUUUAUCUGUUUGUAUUUGUAAUGCAAGUUUAUCACAUAAUAUACUUCAGUCGAAGCCCCAUGCAUAUUCCAUUCCAAUAUAACAUUCGCCUAGAUGGUAGCCUUAUGCAUAUCAAAAACAAAGUAAUGUGUUUAUGCACAACAACACCAGUAGUAUUUCAGCAUAUGUGUGUACUGUUUAUAAGGGAAAAAUUCUUCACAAUCUUAUUUGAUAAUGCAUAUUAGUAUUGAAUCUUGAAUCUUUAUAAGAUGUGUUAGGCCUAACCCGGAUGUCCUAGCCGUGUCUGAAUCCUGGCUUAGGAAGGCACCAAAAAUCCAGAAAUGUCCAUCCCUAACUAUAACAUUUUCCGACAAGAUAGUUGCAAUCUACUGCAGAGAGCGCCUGCAGAGUUCUGUCAUACUCUCCAGGUAUGUGCCCAAACAGUUCAAGCUUUUACUUCUAAAAAUCCACCUUUCCAGAAACAAGUCUCUCACCGUUGCCGCAUGUUAUAGACCAAAACAAAGUAAAAAUACGUUUGAUGUCUUCUGUGCCCAUAUGAAUAACCCCUAUGAUGUAACUGGAAUGAUGAGAUAAUGUUCUUCUUCUAUGUUUUUGUUUUAUUAUUUCACUGCCAUACUGUGUUCGAUCUUGUCUAGCCAUCUUGUGUCGAGGACCACAAUGGAAAUUAAGUCCCAGACUUUAUUGUGUGUUAUCCUCAAUGAUUUUAUUUUUGUGCAUGUAUGGCUUUUAAGUUUUAUGUGUGCUUGUUUUUUAAAAUGGUCAAAUUAAUAAACUAAACUAAACCUUC